CCUAAUUUGGCCCCAGGCUGCUUGCCUACAUUUCCAACGAAAGAAAGAAAGGAGGAAAAAGAUGGCAGACGAAGACGAGGACAGCGACAUUGCCCUGCUACUGCUCUCUACGCUUCAUGACGACGGAGACGAAGCCGGAGAAGAGGCCACACAGGAUGAUGCCGCCGCCCAAUGGACGGCCAAUCAGCAGCACUACCUCCUCAGAUCCGUCGGCGAUACGAUCGUAAUAAGGCAGCUCCCCUCCCGAGGCCUCUCCUUCCAGCUCUGGCCCGCCGCCUCCUCCCUCGUUUCCCUCCUCGACCGCAACCCCUCCGCGCUCCUCCUCCCCACUCCCCCCUCCCCCAGCCCUCUCCGCAUCCUCGAGCUCGGCUGCGGCACCGGCCUCGUCGGCAUCGCCGCCGCCGCCAUCCUCGGCGCCCACGUCACCCUCACCGACCUCCCCCACGUCCUCCCCAACGUUCGGUUCAACGCGGACUCGAACGCCCCCGCCCUCGCCCCCCGCGGCGGCUCCCUCGACGUCCGCCCGCUCAGCUGGGGCGACCGCCACGCCGGCGGCUCCCUCGACGGGUCGGUGUUCGACGUGGUCAUGGCGUCCGACGUCGUCUACCACGAGCACCUCUUGGAUCCACUGGUGCAGACUCUUGAGGUGUUCGUGAGAGGUGAGGUGGCAUUCUUGAUGGCCCAUCUGAGGCGGUGGAAGAAGCGCGACUCCGUAUUCUUCCGCAAGGCCAGGAAGCUGUUCGACGUCGCCGUGCUCCACACCGACCCUCCGCUGCCUGGCUGCCGGAAUGGGGUCACCAUCUAUCGAUUCACGGCUAAGAAACGGGCGCCAAUAGCAUUGACAGAGACUUGAAUAUCAUGGCAGUGUUACGAUUUGAACUCGAAUUGAAUCUUUUGAUUA